AUGAUGAAGAAGAAGGGAAAGGAAAAUAAUGGGUUUUCUCUUCCGCAAGGAAAUAACGGGGUCUCUCUUCCGCAAGAGAUUAUUUUUGAGAUACUGAAAGAAAUUCCGGCGAAAAUAUUAUUCAGAUUCAGGUGUGUUUCCAAACUCUGGCUCUCCAUAAUUGAUGAUCCACUCUUCGUUGAGUCCCACCACAAUCGGUCAAUCAAUCGGCCCGACGGCAUCAACCUUCUACUCCUGAAAUCACCAACAUCAUAUAUAUAUCAUGUGGAUAGCCAAUUCUACUCCAUAGAUCCAGAAGGCAGGUCAUUCCUUCACCUUCAAUCACUCGAAUCACUUCAUGACACAGCAGAUUUCUUGCCUUCUCCUUUGUAUUCCGUCAAGAGCUUGAUCUGUUUUCAUAACUGCAUAUGGAACCCUAGCACCAGGGAAAUCCAAGAAAUCCCACCCAUUAGGAGAAGGAGUCCAACUUUCUCCUUCCCAGGAGGAGACAAUUCAUUGAGAGUUGUAUCCUUGAACCUUUUAUGGUUUAAACCAGCUGCUUCCGGCAGGAAACACAAAGUCCUCAAACAUUAUCAAACAGAUCAAAACCGAUCUAGUCCAUAUUCCUGA